AUGCCGUCAAGGGUACCGAUCAAGAUGCUGCGGGGAGCAGGAGGAACCUACGUGCGCACAUCAGCCAUCGACCUUCUAGUCACCAAAUUCCUCGACACCAACCCUUCUGCGCCAAAGCAGAUUGUUUCGCUCGGUGCUGGCACUGACACACGCUUCUUUCGUCUCCUCGACCGCUAUCCCCAAGUGCGACUGAUAUACCACGAAAUCGACUUUCCUACAAACACAUCUUCAAAGAUUGCUGCCAUACAACGGCAGCCACUGCUUCACAAGAAGCUACUGCAUAUCCCUUCGAACUCGGACUCGUACCAUUCAGAUAACUACAAUAUCCAUGCCCUUGACUUGCGUUGUCUGGCCAAUCCAACAGAUGAGGCGCCUCUGCCUCAGAUACCGAACCUGGAAGCCAGCAUACCUACCAUGAUUCUAUCAGAGAUGUGCUUGGUCUACCUCCAGCCUUCUACAGUACAGUCAAUAAUUUCGUCGCUGUUGACGCACUAUUUGCAGCCCACGACGCCUGCUUCCCUUGUACUUUACGAGCCAAUUCUACCACAAGACGCCUUUGGCCAAACCAUGAUCUCAAACCUUCGGACUCGUAACAUCUACCUUCAUACAUUGAUUGCAUACCCCGGGCUCGGCGACCAGCGCACACGUUUACAGGGCUACGGGCUGAAGACUGGAGCAAAGGCAGCAGACACGCACACGAUUUGGCGAAGAUGGAUCGACGAUAAAGAGAAAGAGCGCAUCGCUGGUCUAGAGUUUCUCGACGAGCUGGAAGAACUUGAAUUGCUGUUACAGCACUACUGCAUUGCAUGGGGUUGGAGAGACGUUAUUUCCACCAUGGCUGUGCGCAACACGAACCAGCCAUCCUUCAACUUCCUCACUGGCGAAGAGGAGCCUGCGCCUGCGCCAGUAGUUGCGAAACGAGAACCUCUGCGCGAAACCUUCCGAACCACAUUGAGAGCCUCCCAGAAUGCGCCGCACACGGUUGUGCCCUCCGACCCUAUCAAUGAAGAUCUCCGCGCGCAGCUCAACACGCUGCGAUAUGAACUCGAGACGGCGAAGCAGGAAAAGGAGAUGAUGAAGUUGGAGCAUGCGCAAGAACUGCGAGACGCCCAGAACCGUGCUGAUACCGACUUUCGAAAGGCCCAGCAAGUUGAAGCUUCGAGCACUCAAACGGCCAAAAAGUAUGAGGCGCUUUCAAAGGAAAUGGCCGAACUUCAGACACGCACUGCAAACGAGCGAUUAGCACUAGAGAGGCGGUUGCGAGAGAGUCAAGAGAGGGCGCAAUCGAUACAAGAAGAGUUUGACGAAGUUAAAGAGGAAUUGUCGACUUCACAACGCCAGAACGACCAUAGGUAUAACACCUUGCAGACCGAACACAAGAAACUCAAAGAGAGCAUGGAGGAGGUACAGGCAGACUUGCAAUCCAAAGUCAACGCGCUGCAGAACACACAGCGGGCGCUCGCGGAAAAAGAAGAGGAGGUUGGACAGAAGGAGGCAGAGAUUUUGCGCCUCAAGGCAAUUACAGGGGAUGCAGAGACGCUGGCAGUCAUUAAAAGGGAGCUCUCUGAUCAGGUGGCACAUAUUAAGAAGCUUGAGACCUUGACCAGGGAGCAGAACGCAGAGCUGAAGCAAUACCGGAAACAGCACAAGGCUAUCGAAGUCGUAGAGGAGGAGAAGAGAUCACUACAAAAUAAACUGCGCAUGAUGGACGACCUACAGCGGCAAUUGGGCGAGGCGGAGUUGCGGAGACAGGUCCUUGAGGAAGAGCGAGACUCCUGGACUUCAUACUUGGAGGCCGAAGCCGAGACACACGGCGAGGUACUCUUCGAAACACCUCAAGACCUUGCGCGGGCGUUCAUUCAAGAGCGGAUAGAGAGGACCGAUCUUCUCAACAGGUUGGGCGAGAUCAAGCCAGAACUUUCGGUCAGAGAAGCAACAAUUCAAGCGCUUGAGGAAGAGAAGGCACAGCUACAGGCGGAGAUCCAACAGCUCAAGACAGUUGGAAGUACAAGUGCAGCGAACAGCGCUGAUGCAAAGGCUCGAGCACGUCUUGAACGACAAAAGGCUCUGGCAACCAAGGAGGUCGAGUUUCUGCGUGCUCAAGUAAAGGCCUUUGAUGACGAAGAACGCGAAAUGCAGCCGGACACAUACAACCAAGCAAAGUCUGAGCGGAUAAAAGAGCUCGAGGAUCUCGUAGAUCAAUACCGCAAAGAAGUCGAGACCCUACAAAAGGAGUUUAACAGUCUCGAAAAGCCCGCUCCCUCAACAGCGGGCCAAAAGCGCUCCCUGGAGACAGACGAGAACGAGGAACGCGUGGGCGAGCUACGACGAAAGAACCGCCAACUCCAAGACGACCUGCACGCGCUCCAAAAGAAGAUGAAGAUUGUCGAAUCCGAAUACACCGCCCAGCACACCCAACUCAAAAAGCUCAAAGAAUCCUCGCGCACCCGCGUCCUCGAACUAAAAUCCAACCCCACUGCCGACGCCGAAGCCCUCAAACUAAGCACCGUACGCACCCUCCGCGAAGCAAACGCCCAACUCCUCGCCCAACUCGAAGCCAGCCAACAACCCCCCUCCACAAUACCCCUCGCCACCCUCGACGCCGCCCGCGACGAGCUCGAAGAACUAAAAGCCCAACUCGCCUCCUCCUCGAAGAAAAUCGUGCGCCUCAAGCAAAUCUGGACGGCCAAGUCCCUCGAGUUCCGCGAGGCCGUCGCUUCCAUCCUCGGUUGGAAACUCGACUUUAUGCCCAACGGCCGGGUCAAAGUUACCAGCAUGUUCAAGCCGGCGGAUGAGGAGGGCGAGAAUAGUAUUGUGUUUGAUGGCGAAAAUGGCACGAUGAAGGUGAGUGGAGGCGAGCAGAGCGUUUUUGCGGGCGAGAUUCGCGAUCAGAUUGUUUAUUGGGUCGAGGGCAGGAAGGAGAUUCCUUGUUUUCUUAGUGCGUUGACGCUGGAGUUUUGGGAGCGCGGGCCGGGGGGGCAGACGAUGCAUGGUUGA